GACCCGAGGGGGGCCCCCACGCCCCCUCUGGCCUCUCAGGUCAGGCCCUCCCCUCCCCUCCCCUCCCCCGCCCCUGUGUCUGGGCGAGCCGGCUGUGUGCCUGCGAGAGCGUGCACACCCGCGGGACCUUCCCUUUUGUUCCACCCUGACCUCUACCUUCUCUACCUUGCGCUGACCCCGCUGGGGUGCAGGGGCUCCCUUCGGAGGAGGCCGGGGCUCAAGGUGUGCAGCUCGGCCGCCUCUCCCUAACUCUGCACCAGCGCCUCCUCUCUCUCUCUCUCUCUCUCUCUCUCUCUCUCUCUCUCUCUCUCUCUCUCUCUCUCUGUCUCUCAGAUCUCCCUCCCGCUAAGUCUGCGCUGCUGCAGGAGGGCUGGGGGAAGGGCAGGGGUGUGGAGAGGGGGUGCCUGGUGUCUUCUUUCUCUCUCUGCCCCCACCAAGUGCGGACGCAUCGAGCUCCGGCCCCCACCCCUGCAUUCGCGAUUGGCUCCCGGAGGAGGUGGCUGGUGAUGCCGCCGCUGCAGCAUCUCCUACGGAGCCGCGACCCUGCGCCCGCCGCUGCUGCCGCUGUCACCAGCCCGGCCCCAGGGGUGCCCUGGGCUCCGCGGCUGAGGCGCCUAGGGAGUUGCCCCCCUAGUGGACGGCCUCUCAGGAGAUCCCGGCCACCCUCUGGGAACCUGGAAUCCUCCAAGCAUCGUCUUUCUCGCUCGCAUCUUCAGAGAGAGGUGCUGAGCCCUCCCUCAUGGACACGGGGUCCCGGGAGGCAGCCUUUACCAGGGACCUGCCCAGGAAACCAUCAGCUGCCCAGCUGUAGCUGUGCAUUGAUGGCGCCGUGCGGCCUGGCUGCAGGUCCCGCAGCUAUGGAGAGGACCCAGCAGGCAGUGCAGGGAGAGCCCGGCUCGGCGCGUGGUCAGCUCCAAGUCAGCCCUGAAAUGUCCAUGACUCACAAAGAAAAGGAAAAUGCUCAUUUGAAAGAAAUUCUUCUCUUUGUCAAUGCUGAGGCAUUCUCUCAGCCCCAGCCCCACAGUGCUCCAGUGUGUGAAGGGCAACAGCUGACAGGGAAGUUCAGCACGUCUCUCCUGACCAGGGCUGGAGGCGAUGCCAGUCCGUGCAGCUGGGAACGCCUCCUCCACUGUGGCUGGAGCCACUGCUGAAGGGACUCCACCUGGCACCUGUGCCACCAAGGGCCCCUGAACGGGUAUCCAGGCCCACCCUUAAUAAAGAUGAGCUGCUCAUUCCCA